AAAGAAUCGGAAAUUAGUUUGGAUACACAAUUUCAGAAUAACUUUUAGAAACAAAAAAAUUACGUUUUGUGCAAAAUAUUUCUGCUCCUGACUGCUGCACUUAUAUGCUUCCAAACCGGGAGAGUGCAUAUUUUGUGUUCAAGUUCUGGAACCGAAGUAUUAGGAAGUCCUAGUCAAAAUACUAACAUUCCUCAUUCGAGAAGGUUGGUUAUUCUGCUCACUAUGUCUCAGUUCAUGGAAGAGCUAAAAUCAGCAAUGAAGGAACACAUAGAAUUCAUGUCAGAUCUCGUCGAGAGAUCCAGUGGAGAGCUUCGUACUGGACUUCAACCCGCUGUUGACGUUUUUAUUGGUUUCUUCCAGGCAAUCGACUGGAAGGAACCUUGGUUAAUUGGCUUAAUAUCGUUCCAUGUUGCUUUGCUGCUAACAACCAUCUUGUCAAGGAAAAACAUCAACUUCCAAAUGUGCUUGUUUCUUGUGGCAUUGGCUGGUGUAUACUUCGCAGAAAAUAUUAAUACUGUUCUAGCUAGCAACUGGAAAAGUUUUGCAGGUCAGAAUUAUUUUGAUCCGCGUGGAAUUUUUCUGUCGGUACUCUGGUCUGGGCCUCUUUUGAUCAUUUCAAUCAUAGUCCUGGUAAACACGCUCUUUUCAUUAUGCCAACUAAUGGUUAAGUGGAAAAGAGCUGAGCUCAAGCACAAGGCAAGGGCUGCUCGUAACAAGCAGGAAUGAUAUAGUUACCUUGUAUUCCAUGUUUAGGGUACACUUUGUAACGCUUUCUUACUCAUGUUGAAUUUAUUUUCACGUACAAAUCUUCCACUCUUUUGCUUGUUUAUCUUGCAAGAGUUGUUUUUUCCUUUUCCUCCUUUUAUUGGUAGAUUAUGAAUUUUGUUCUGGCUGUAGUUGUUCUGUAUACAGUUACUAACCUUGUAAGUUGUAACAUACUCUUCAACUGAAUAUUAUAAGAUUUUGAAAGAGGGAAGUUAUAAACAUGCCUUCGGUA